AUGCAACGGAAUAUCCGAGAUGCGGGUACUUUAGGCGCGGGGGGUGUUGAGUUCGUCCCUUUCUAUGCUUAUGGCUCCGAGGUGCCUGGAGCGGACUGGGCGACGUAUGACUUCGGCACCCCAGCGUACCUCAAAAUCUUCAAAGCUGCUCUCCGUGCUCACAAAGAGGCUGGUCUUGCCUUGGACUUUUCCCUUGGUCCCAAUCAGGGACAGGGGGUGCCUGCAGAUGUGCUCCUGAGGGAUAGCUUAUAUGGUCAGGCUCCCCACUCAGUCGUGAUUUCCGCCACCGGCGUCUCGAUGGAAAGCUUCCAGGUUGAGUUCGACGCUGCAGGAAUGGACGACCAAAGUGUCAUCAAUAGCACCAUCCAUCUCGAGCUCCCUUCUUCCGGUGGCGAAUCCUAUCGGCUUUUCGCUUUCUACCAAUACUUGACCCAUGCGCAGAAUGUUGUUGUCGACUCUAAUUUCACUGGGACGAUUUUCGACGACAAUGGUUACUACACUGUCGAUCACUUUAGUGCGCGGGGAGCGCAGGUAGUCACCAAGAUUUGGGAUGACUAUCUACUGAGUGAUGCUGAAAUAAAGGAGCUUCUCCCUGAGGUUGGUAAUUAUGGCUGGGAGGACAGUAUCGAGGCGAGAUCGAACAUAUCCUGGACCACGGCACUUCCUAGAAUCUUCAAGGAUAAGUACGGGUACAACCUGGAGCGCCAUCUUCCACUCAUCAUGUUCGGCAAUAACAACCUUGGCGUUCAGACUGCUUCUCCGGGUUCAACACAGUGUCUGCUAGAUACUUCUGACCAAGGAAAGAGAUAUUUGAAUGACUAUCGCGGUGCUUUGAUGGAGGGGUACCGUGCUUAUAUGGAGCAUUAUAUGAGAUGGACCAACGCGAUGAAUCUACAAUACUCUUCGCAGGUCGCCUACAACUUACCCAUUGAUGUCUUGGCGAACGUUCCGUAUCCGGCAGUUUUGACAGGAAAGAAAGUCAUCUCCGAUGAGCUGGGUGCCAUUGUGUCCGAGGCGUACAGCCAUACAGUUUCCCGACUUCUGUGGCAAGUCAGUCGGGCGGCUGCGGGUGGAGUCAAUCAGGUCGUGUUGCAUGGGCAAUCAUACUCAGAGUAUCUAUUCAUUCUCUCAGACGUUGUCAAGUCUUCUGGCAAGGUUAGUGUAGCUACUACCAAGCAGCCCUACUUGCUCAAUCCAUGGACCGGCGAAGAAAGCUCGGUCCUGGCAUAUCAGCAAAAGUCUGGACGUACUGUGAUUCCCUUCGCCUUUGCCGCAAACCAGACCAUGAUACUGGCUUUCAGAGACACGGAUAGUUUCGCGUCAUCAAUCAAAACCACUGAUGUCCCCACCUCAAUCAUAGAUCAUGAGUACAGCAAAUCUGGAGGCCUCCAUUUGCACGUCACAGCCAGCAGCUCCGCGAAGAUGGCAUUUACACUGUCCAACAGUAAGACAAUCAUUCAACUCAUCAACCACACUGUCGCCCCCGGCAUCACCCUCUCAAACUGGACCCUCACCGUCGAACACUGGGACCACCCCCUCAACAUCAGCGAUGCCUCGAUCAUCGCCCUCAAGCAUAACACCACCCACAGACUCAGCUCCUUCGUCUCCUGGCGCGAGAUUCCUGCCAUCCCCAAUGUCUCCGGGAUAGGCUACUACAGCAACACUCUAAUAUGGUCCCCUUCAAAGUCCGCUUCGGGUGCAUACCUUCUCCUGCCCACAGCCAUCAACGGCGCGCGUGUUUAUAUGAACGGACACCGCGUCCCGCCCUUCGUCUACCAAGCGCCGAAGAUCAACAUCAGCCCGCAUCUCCGCUCUGGCGCCAACGAGAUCACAGUAGAAGUACCAUCUGUGAUGUGGAAUUACCUCCGGUCAAUCUUUGAUGAGCUCUGGACGGGAGGCAUCCACGCGUCGAAUGUUUUCGGGAGUUCCUGGGGACCACCAGGGACAGUGGACAACGGGCUGAUUAGAGAAGCAGUGACUGUGCCGUAUGUAGAUGUUUAUGUAGGAAGGUCGUCCAGGCCACCGAGCCAAGCUCCUCAAAUGAAACGGCACUGA